AUGGAAUAUGUAAUAGGCUCUGACUUGAAUGAUUUACACAUAACAGAAGAAGGUAGCAGCAGGGGAAGGAUGGGACGAAGGAGGUACAGCAACGAAGACACGCUAGAGUUCAAGUCUAAGAACCUAUUUGCUGAAAGGAGGAGGAGGCAGAAGCUCAGUGAAAGGCUUCUGGCACUGCGGGCAUUAAUCCCUUUCAUCACAAAUAUGAAUAAAGCAACUAUUAUCGAGGAUGCCAUUUCAUACGUCCAGGACCUGCAGAGGAAUGUGAAUGUUCUUCAAGAGCAGCUUUUCGAAAUCGAAGCGUCGUCUGAAGAGGAAACAAAGCCAAGAAGUACUGAAGAAACAGAAGCUGCAGACGAGAUGGAGAAAAGCGGCAUUCAGGCAGAGGUUGAGGCCACACAAAUUGUGGAGAACAAACUUUGGGUAAAGAUAGUCUUCGAGAAGAAAAGGGGUGGAUUCAAUAGACUGAUGGAAGCCAUGAAUGCUCUUGGAUUUGAACUCGUUGAUACAAUUGUUACUACCUCCAAUGGAGCAAUGCUUGUUUCAUCUUGUGUUAAGGGAAUUUAUGGUGAAAGGCUUCAAGUUCAGCAGACCCAGGAGUUGCUGUUAGAGAUCAUUAAUGGCAUAUAG